CUGCCACCCGUUGGCUGCCAGACAUGACACAAGACUACGACAACAAAAGGCCCGUGUUGGUUCUUCAGAAUGACUCUCUCUACUCCCAGAGGCGUCCAUACACCAGUGAAGAUGAAGCCUGGAAGUCCUUCCUUGAAAAUCCCCUUACAGCAGCCACCAAAGCCAUGAUGAGCAUCAAUGGUGACGAAGACAGUGCAGCUGCCCUGGGAUUACUAUAUGACUAUUACAAAGUUCCCAGAGAAAGAAGGACUUCAACAGCAAAACCAGAUGUAGAUCACCCUGACCAAGAUCAUAGCAAAAGGAACAGCAUCCCGACGGAACAAUCGCUCAUUUCUACUGGAGAAAACAGAGUGCAGGUUCUGAAAAAUGUGCCUUUCAAUAUUGUUCUUCCUCACGCUACUCAAAUGGCCAUGGACAAGAGAGGCCACCUGACGACCCCCGACACCACUGUCACUGUUUCCAUUGCAACAAUGCCCACGCAUUCAAUUAAAACAGAAACGCAACCGCAUGGCUUCACUGUGGGCAUCCCUCCCACUGGCUACCACCCCGAGCCCCCAGAACGGGUGGUGGUUUUCGACAGGAAUCUCAACCCUGAUCAGUUUAGUUCCAGUGCUCAGCCUCAGAACUCGCAGAGGCGCACGCCGGACUCCACCUUCUCAGAGACGUUCAAAGAAGGAGUGCAAGAGGUUUUCUUUCCUGCUGAACUAAAUCUGCGGAUGGCCAGCAUGAGUUCAGAGGACUACGUUUUUGACAGCAUUGCUGGGAAUAACUUUGAAUACACCUUAGAAGCUUCCAAGUCACUUCGUCAGAAGCCAGGGGACAGCACAAUGACGUACCUAAACAAGGGUCAGUUUUAUCCGAUCACUCUUAAAGAAGUCAGCAGCAGUGAAGGAGUCCACCACCCAAUCAGCAAAGUCAGAAGCGUCAUCUUGGUCGUGUUUGCCGAAGACAAAACAAGAGAAGAUCAAAUCAGGCACUGGAAGUACUGGCACUCGAGGCAGCAUACAGCCAAACAAAGAUGCAUUGACAUUGCCGACUAUAAGGAGAGCUUCAACACAAUCAGUAACAUUGAAGAGCUUGCAUACAAUGCCAUAUCCUUCAAUUGGGACAUUAAUGAUGAAGCAAAGGUUUUUAUUUCUGUAAACUGCCUCAGCACAGAUUUCUCCUCUCAGAAAGGAGUUAAAGGGCUGCCCUUGAACAUUCAAAUUGACACCUACAGCUACAAUAACAGGAGUAACAAACCCAUCCACAGGGCCUACUGCCAGAUUAAAGUCUUCUGUGACAAGGGAGCAGAAAGGAAGAUCAGGGAUGAAGAACGAAAACAAAGCAAAAGAAAAGGCAAGUGCACUGACCCCAGCUCCCAAUUGAAUGCCUUUCCUGAUGUCAAAGUGCCAAUGCUUCCUUCCCACAAGCGGACAGACGUCACUGUCUUCAAGCCAUCCCAAGAUCUUGACACUCAGCCAGUUCUUUUUAUCCCUGACCUUCACCAUUCCAGUCUUCAGCGUGGGACUCAUGUCCUUCCGGUUGCACCAGAAGAACUGGAGGGUGAAGGCUCUAAUAUGAAGAGGGGGCCUUAUAUAACUGAAGAUGAUUUUAUUGCACCUCCCAAUAAGUUGACCAGAACAGAGGAACCAAAACGAGUGUUGCUGUAUGUCCGAAAGGAGUCGGAAGAAGUCUUUGAUGCACUUAUGCUAAAGACACCGUCUCUGAAAGGUCUAAUGGAAGCUAUAUCUGACAAGUAUGAUGUUCCUUUUGAUAAAAUUGGAAAAAUCUUCAAGAAAUGUAAAAAAGGAAUCCUGAUCAACAUGGACGACAAUAUUGUGAAGCACUAUUCGAAUGAAGACACCUUCCAGCUACAGAUUGAAGAGACUGGAGGAUCUUACAAGCUCACUCUCACUGAGAUCUAAGACCAAAGCCAUCGAACCUCUGUGGAUUUUAAAUGAAGGGAAUAAGCCAACCUCUUGGGUUUAUGAAGAAGUUUUCCCUACGGCCAGCUAUUCCGUAACUGCCUGCUCCAGGAUUUCUCACACCAUCUUCUGAAUCCAGUGCUGGCUACUGUCAGAGACAAGAUAUUGGACUAGAUGAGCCAGUACGCUGAUCCAGUCUGGCAGACCCUGUGAUCCUGAGAACUUGAUCCUGCAGGUGAAUAGAUAAGGAUUGAGAGAUUAAGGCCCAAGCCACCAGUAUGGCCAUGUAGCACAAUGCUCACAAUCCAAGUAGGUGUCUGGGGAGUGGGCCCUGCAGGCUGGCAAGCUCACCAUGCUCCGUGUUCAUCGUGAAGCAUCAAGCCUGCAGCUGUGGGAAGAGAAACUGAGCAGUGGCUGCCUGUGACCAAAACACUGUUAAAUAUUAAAAUAUUUAAUAUUAAAAAUAUUUAAAAUUGCUGCUAUGCAUUGUAUCAUAGCCUUUACUCUGACUAUUCCCCCGUCUUCCAGCACCAGGCCUGCUACCCCUCCAUUAUUCCUCAGUGAUCAAUUUGGUGCAGGGACAGAGUUUUGCUGACCUACUGAGCACUCCAUAUUCUCCAUGCUGUGUGAAAAUCUCUCUGUACAAGUUUUCAGCAAACGUUGAGUGCUCAGUGCUUUUGCAGACUGCAGACAGCUUGUAGGACUCAAACCUAAAAAAGAAACAUGUCUGUAAUGCUGUGGGCAUAUUGAUGAGACUGCACCAGCAUGUAAUCUCUCCUAAGCAUGUCCUGGUUUUAAGAAAAAAACAGAACUCUGUUGUACUCAAGUUUCUCUGAAUUUACUGCAAUUUGGGCUUCCAUUUAUAUAUUCGGGGGGAAAUGUUACUGUGGCGAGGGAAUUCUUAUACACUCAUGUAGACAUACAAAUUCAUUUUUAUUGGAAGUGGAAGUUUUAUUACAGAAUCAGUCUAGGGCUAGGGAAGUAGAUUUAGAUCAUUUGUAGAUGUAGACUUGAUAUGAUUUUCUUGUACUGUUACCUUAACGAAGUAUGUGACUUAAAUUAGGGAUUGUUUUCCACUAUAAAAUACUCUGGGAAACGGGUCUUAUUAUAAUAGCAAUGUUGUAUGUUUGAUCAAACUGGAGUUUUUGGUCUUGCCUACUGUUUUGCUUUUUUUUAAUUGUAUAAUUGAAGAUAUAUUUUAAACCAAAGCUAUUAAAUUUUAUAUGUCCAUUUCUAAUUACGAGACUCUCAUGUAAUUAACAAAUUUUAGCCUCCCUUCUGCUGUGACUAACAUGCAAUUUUAAAACAAAACAAAAAAAAACCCAACCUUGCCUUCUAAUUUCUCUUACAGAUAUCAGCCAACAGAGGCGCCCCUUGCUUUGUUUUUAUCUCCUCAUAGCGAACACCAAAACUGUGUUUAAUAUUUAUCGGUUUCAAGCCAAAUAGAUCACUUGAGAGAGAGUGUGUGCAUGUGCGUACGCAUGCAUAUUUUGACAGUUAUUAAGGUAAAGGAUUAUUGGGUGGCUCCAUUGAAAUGAAUGACAAAAUUCCCAUUGGUUUCAGUAGAGUCAGGAUUUCACCCAUUGUUGUUCUAAUGACUGUGGAGUUCUGCUGUCACUAAUAUAGUUCUUUAAUUUAACUGAGAGGUUUAAAAUAAAAGAUCAGAAGAUGUUUCUUUCCGUAUAGCCUCUUGUCAUAUAGGAAGCGUUUUCUAAACUCUCAGCCUGUCCUCGAAGGCAAAAAAAAGAAAAAAAAGUGGAGAGCUGCUGCAUCAUAAGCACCAAUUUGCAGCGCCUGAUUGCACUUUGGUAAGCGCAAUUGGCCCAUUGUUUACAGUUUGGUACCUCUGCAAACGUAAUUCUGUCCAGCUGGAGACUUUACAGCCCAGUAGCCCUGAAUGGAACACUGGACAUUACCAGUCAUGCCAUUUCUCAAGGGAUCAGCCUCUCCCUGCUUUUAGCUGCAACUGGGUACCAUUGGCUUUCCUAGGGGAGCUGACAGAAGCCUGUGUAGAACUACAGUUAAGUAGCUGAAUGAAUGGAUCCUUCCUUAUCUUGUCCGGGAUGAGAAGUGCCAGACUAUGGGCUGGAGCGUGAAGAUCUCUGUUUAGCCACAGAAUAGGUACAGUAGAGGGGAUGGCGACACAAGCUCCCAUACCUUGACCUGCUGCACAUCUCAGCCUAUAGCAGUGGUUCUCAAACGGGGUUUGUGAAA